AAUUCUAGCUAACUCCACGUAUAUUUAUACAGAUAACCCUAAUAUUAUUAUUACAUGGCCUACCAAUAAAGCAUGGCAUGGAGCCCCGGCCGCGCGCGGUGCUCCACGUGACCGCAAACCAGCUGCGCCUUAGCGAGAGCGCCAGGGCACUGUCCGAACCCUGCCUUUUCCUGCGUCCGUAUUGGGCAGGAAUCCUGGGACAGACAAUAGAAAAAGACAACCGAAAAAGACAGCAGCCACAAACCAAAAACACAAACCACAACCCAAAAACCAAAACCACAAACCAAAAACACAAACCAAAAACACAAACCACAAACCAAAAACCGCAAACCACGAAACACAGGCUACAGCGGCACAGAGGCACAAAAAGGGGCGCCCAAGCAAAUCGCGUCGUGCGCUUGCAAAUAGGCUGCGCCGGUCCGCCAGCAGAUCCCCACACGAUGGCAAACGCAGGUCACGUGCCGCGGCCUGCGCGGCCACGGCUGUGCCGGAACGAGCUCCGGGGAAACCCAGCUCCAUUUCAGCGGCUGCCAUCCGAAGCACCGCUUUAUUCCAGCAACCCACGAAUUUCCCAGCCAGCGGCAACCGGCAUCUGGCAGUUUUGUUUUUGUUUUUUUUGCAGCCUUUUCCCGCGCGCCCGCCGUUCCUGAUCUGUGAGCCGAGCCGCCGUCCAUUAGCCGCCGGCCCCCUGUAGAUCUACCCCACCGAAUCUCCCCGGCUUCCUGUCUUUUCGGUUUCCCGCCCACGAGCCACGC